GUGAGUGUACCCCAGACUAGAGUCUAGGCUAUACGCGAUCCACCCCACAUACACAUAUCCACAUAUACACUUACACAUACCCACACACAUACACACAUACACAUACACACUAUCAUGUUUCUGCAGUCGGCUGUAUGUACUGCGCUGCUGGCGCUCAGCACCGGGGUGUUAGGAGAUGAGCACACUCACAGGUACACAAACGGUGAACAGGUGAUUCUGUGGAUGAAUACGGUGGGGCCCUACCACAAUCGGCAGGAGACCUACAACUUCUUCUCGCUUCCGUACUGUCAAGGAGAACACACACAU